UCGCCCCUACGGCGGGAAACCAUACCUUUUUCCCCAAAACCUCCCUCCAAAAACACCAAUCACUUUCCCUCAAAUUCCAAUCCCCUAUUCUCUCGAACCCUAAACAUUCCAAUUCCAAUCCCAAAUCCCAAUUCAGCUCAAAAUCUUCCCUAUUCAUACAAAACUAGUGAAUAAAUUCAACUUGUAUUCCGUAAUUCAAUGGCGUUUGCUAUCGACGGAGACGCAAAACCUAAUCAAAAUCAGCAGCAGGUUGAUGACGUAGACGAUGAUAGAGACGAUAGAGUGACGCCGUUAAAAUACGUUCCGUUGUGCGAUGUUUACUCCGCUACUUCACCUUACGUCGGCGGCGCUACUGGAUCCAAAAAAGUUAAAGCCGCUCGCAAAAUUCUCCCACAUUUCGACACCGACGAUGAUCGCACCAAACAUUAUUCACACACACAUCACAGUUACUCAAUGUCCGCAACGAAACCACCGGUUACUCACUUCUACACUCGCCGCCGUAAAAGGAAACGACAGGAUGAACCCUCGUUUUAUGACUCGUUAGUGAACGAGUCUGGAUCAGUGAAAUUAGGUAGUUGCAAUGGCGAUGUGGGUGAAGAUGAGGGCGAAGAAGAGGAAGCUGGUAGAAAGUAUAAGGAGAAGCAGAAGAGGAAAGUGAGUGGGAAAUUAGGGAAUUUAUCCAAUGGCGAUAGAGAAGAUGAGGGCGAAGACAAGGAAAUGGUUGUAAAGAAUAAGGAAAAGCAGAAGAAGAAAGUGGGCAAUUCAAAGCUAGUUUUUCGGCCCGUGAAAAUAGGGAAUUUUGUGAAUGGAGAUAGAGAAGACGAGGGCAAAGACAUGGAAAAAGUUGUAAAGAGUAAGGGGAAACAAAAGAGAAAAGUGUUUAAUUCAAAGCUUGCUUCUCGGUCAGCGAAAUUAGCCAAUUUAUCGAAUGGGGACAGAGAAGACAAGGGCGAAGAUGAGGAAAUGGUUAUAAUGAGUAAGGAGAAGCAAAAAUUAGCCAAUUUUUCGACUGACAAUAGAGAAGACCAGGGGGAAACUGAGGGCGAAGAAGACAUAGUGGUUAUAAAGAACACGGAGAAGAGGAAGGUGGGGACUUUAGAAGUAGUGAAUAUGUGUGUCAAGAAUGAGAGGGACAAUGAGGGAGAAGAUGAUGAAGUAGUGGUCGUGAAGCAUAAUAAGAAGAAGAAGGAGAAGAAGAGGAGGAAGGUGGGUAGUUCGGAGCUAGCAAAUUUGGGAGUGGAUGAUAGUGUUAUGUUGAAUGAGUCUUGUUUGAGAGAAACUCGAAAUAGUGCUUGUAAAAAUAAAAUUGAUACCAAUCACAGUAAUAAUGACUGUAAAGAUUCUAACUUUAGGGGUAACAACAUUAAGAAGCGAAAAGAAAAUUCUGUUUUGGAGAAUCACUUGAGUAGCAAAAGCUCAGGGUCAAUUCGCACCAAGAAAUGGGUUUGGUUGAGUUUUGAAGGAGUUGAUCCCAAGAAAUUUAUUGGACUACAAUGUAAGGUGUAUUGGCCAUUAGAUGCUGAUUGGUACUCUGGUCGUGUAAUUGGGUACAACUCUGAGACUGAACGGCAUCAUGUGAAAUAUGUAGAUGGGGAUGAAGAGCAUUUGCUUUUAUCAAAUGAAAGGGUCAAGUUUUCUGUUUCACUUGAGGAGAUGAGCCGUUUGAAGUUGAGAUCCAGUGAUACGAGUCCUGAAACUGAUGGAAUUGAUGUUGAUGAGAUGGUUGUAUUAGCUGCUACUUUGGAUGACUGCGAAGCUCUUGAGCCUGGAGAUAUUAUAUGGGCCAAGCUGACUGGUCAUGCCAUGUGGCCGGCUAUUGUUCUGGAUGAAUCUCUUGCUGGUGGGCGUAAAGGUCUAAACAAAGUUUCUGGGGAAAAAUCUGUUCUUGUGCAGUUUUUUGGCACCCAUGAUUUUGCUAGGGUUAAAUUAAAGCAAGUUAUCUCUUUCCUGAGAGGGCUUCUUUCUUCAUUUCACCUCAAGUGCAAAAAGCCAAAAUUUGUUCAAGGUUUGGAGGAAGCAAAAAUGUAUCUUACUGAACAGAAGCUCUCAAAGAGGAUGCUGCGGAUACAGAAUCGUAUCGCUGCUGACAACAAUACUGAAAGCGAAGAAGGUGAAGGCAGUUCUGAUUCAGAGGAUGAAGGGUUGAGGAGAAAGAUUGAGGAUAUCAGAAGUUGCCCAUUUGAAUUGGGGGACUUGCAAGUAGUUAGCCUUGGGAAAAUAGUAGAAGAUACAGAGCUCUUUCGAGAUGAGAAAUUUAUCUGGCCAGAAGGCUAUACUGCUGUGAGGAAGUUCCCUUCGGUAACAGAUCCCGGUGUACGUGUCUCGUAUAAGAUGGAGGUACUGAGAGAUCCUGAUUUCAGGACACGGCCUUUAUUUAGAGUUACGUCAGAUAGUGGAGAACAGUUUAAGGGAUCUACACCAUCUGCUUCCUGGAAUAAAGUUUACAAACGGAUGAGAAAGACGCAAGUUGACAAUUUUGAUGAGUCAAUAUCUGGCGGUGAAAGUGAAAGGACUUUUGGAUCGGGUUCUCAUAUGUUUGGCUUUUCUCAUCCUGAAAUUUUGAAACUUAUAAAGGAAUUAUCAAACUCCAGGCUUCUUGCAAAAUCCUUGAAAUUGGCUUCUUCGAAAAAUCAAGAUCUGCCUGCUGGAUAUAGGCCUGUCCGUGUUAAAUGGAAAGAUCUGGACAAAUGCAACGUUUGCCAUAUGGAUGAGGAGUAUGAGAAUAAUUUAUUUUUGCAGUGUGAUAAAUGCCGAAUGAUGGUCCAUGCUAGAUGCUAUGGGGAGAGGGAGCCUAUGGAUGGAGUACUUUGGUUAUGCAAUUUGUGUCGUCCAGGAGCUCCAGUAGUCCCUCCCCCUUGUUGCCUGUGCCCUGUUAUCGGCGGUGCUAUGAAGCCUACUACUGAUGGACGUUGGGCUCAUCUUGCUUGUGCCAUUUGGAUACCAGAAACUUGCUUAUCUGAUAUAAAGAGAAUGGAGCCAAUUGAUGGUUUGAGCAGGAUCAGCAAGGACCGCUGGAAGCUCUUGUGUAGUAUCUGUGGUGUUCCUUAUGGAGCUUGCAUUCAGUGCUCAAACCAUACGUGUCGGGUGGCUUAUCAUCCUCUUUGUGCACGAGCUGCUGGCUUCUGUGUCGAGCUUGAGGAUGAAGACAGAUUGCAUUUAAUCCCCAUGGAUGAGGAUGAGGAGGAUCAGUGCAUUCGAUUGCUUUCUUUCUGCAAGAAGCAUAGAGCUGUAUCUAAUGAGCGUCCUGCUGUUGAUGAGUGGGUUGCACAAAAAGCUUGUGAACAUUCAGAUUAUACUCCUCCACCAAAUCCUUCUGGAUGUGCUCGCAGUGAGCCUUACAAUUAUUUUGGAAGAAGAGGAAGAAAAGAACCUGAAGUCCUUACAGCUGCAUCGUUGAAGCGCUUGUAUGUUGAAAAUAGGCCAUAUUUGGUUGGUGGCCACAGCCAACAUGAGCAAUUGAGUGAUACAUUAUCUUCCUCAUUUGCUGGUUCCAAAUACACCGUUGACCUUCAAAAGCUAAAGUGUUCGUUGCUUGAUGUGUCAAGGAGCAUACUUUCCAUGGUUGAGAAAUACAACUACAUGAAAGAAACCUUUAGAAAAAGGCUGGCAUUUGGGAAAUCCGGAAUACAUGGAUUUGGCAUCUUUACCAAGCUUCCUCAUAAAGCUGGGGACAUGGUAAUUGAGUACACUGGAGAACUUGUUAGACCUCCUAUUGCUGACCGAAGGGAGCACCUAAUUUACAACUCACUGGUGGGUGCUGGAACAUACAUGUUUCGAAUUGAUGAUGAGCGUGUUAUAGAUGCAACAAGGGCAGGAAGCAUUGCACAUUUGAUCAAUCAUUCAUGUGAACCAAAUUGCUAUUCAAGAGUUAUAAGUGUCAAUAACGAUCAACAUAUAAUCAUAUUUGCCAAACGAGAUAUUAAACAAUGGGAAGAAUUGACAUAUGAUUACAGAUUCUUUUCUAUCGAUGAACAACUUGCGUGUUAUUGUGGCUUCCCAAGAUGCCGAGGUGUAGUAAAUGAUACCGAAGCUGAGGAACGAAUGGCGAAGCUGUAUGCACCACGCAAUGAGUUAAUAGACUGGGGAGGAGAAUAAAGAGAAGUCUUCCCUUCGAAGUGACGUGUCUUUGGUCGCUUGCUCCCUGUUACCUACUACUAGCUGGUUCAGAUGUCCAUAUAUUGCUCCAGUUCUUGCAAUUUUUUUCUGCCUUUUCUGCUAAGGCUAGAGUUGUUCUGGAGCUUGCGGGCUUUAUAUAUUCCUCCACUUCCCAUUCUUACCAUGAAUGUCUCUGUACAGAAUUACCCAAUUAAUCUAUACUUUUCUGUUUCAUUUA